CCAAGUCCCAACAUCAAAACUGACCAAGAAGAGAGAUGGCAAUGAAGAUACAAAAAUGGCUAAGCGUAUCGAUGCCUCUGAAGCUUUUGAUCCGACACGACGGCGUUUUCUUCCAGCGUCUCCUGCACAACGGCCCUGACACCGUGGAAGAGCUCUUGGACCGUCACUUGGUGAAGAAAGAGAAGCCCCUUGACGACAACGAGGCCGAGUUGGAGAAUCGGCGCCGACUCACCAACACUCGGCGCGAGGCGCUUAGUCUCUACCGGGACAUCCUCCGGGCGACCCGGUUCUUUGCGUGGCCCGAUUCGCGGGGCGUCCUCUGGCGAGACGUCCUGAGAGAGAACGCCCGGAAGGAGUUCGAGGAGGCCCGGUUGGAGACCGACCCGGAAAUCGUGACCCGAUUGCUCAUCGGCGGGCGUGAUGCUGUGCAGUCAGCUCUCGAUAAGCUCGUGGAGAAGCAGAGGCAGCAGAUUGAGAGGGAUCGUGGCGGUGGGGAUCGACGAUGAUUGCUGAUUCUGAUUCUGAUCUUCAUCUGUAAUUGAAAUUUUUGGUUUGUUUUUGAUUUCGUUGUUGGAGGGAUGAAGAAUUGAAUCGAAUUGUUUACAUGUAAGUUGUCCAUAUGAAUUCUAUGAUCUAUUGUUCUUGAAUUGGGAAAGGCUUUAAUUACAUAU